AUGUCCUCAAGUUCAGUUAGUUCAGGUUGUAGUUUGACGAGAAAGUGCCUUUGUGGUGAUGAAGUUGUUUUGAAGCCUUCUGGAACUGAUUUGAAUCCUAGUAGGAGGUUUCUUGGGUGUCCUAAAUAUCCGAUUAAGUAUAUGCAAGAGAAAGCCAACUUCUUUGAGGACAAAACCAAGGAGUACGAGAAGAAGGCUCAAGAGUAUGAGGAUAAGGCAAAAGAGUUUGAUAACAUGACUCAAGUUUAUGAGUGGAAGAUUAAGGAGAUGAAGAGAAUUGAAAGAAAGAAAAUUAAGGAGGCUAGGACAAUGGAAAGAAAUAUUUGGAUGAAAUUGCUGGUUGCACUGCUGGUUAUAGAGAAUGCGAAAAAGAAAACAUUGACAGGUUUUUGCUACUGGGGUGGGGAACGAAAGUUAAAUGCCAAUGGCACCUUCUUGUACAACGGUGGGACGUGUGUAGCUGUUCUACUUGAGGAAGGAAGUAAAAUAAAUGAGUUACGUGAGAAGGUUUGUGGUGCUCUUAACAUGAAUUUGGAAGGUAAAUUGUACUUUUAUAACACAAAGAGGGACAAGACGAAGUAUAUAACAUUAAAUGAUGACAACAGUGUUGCAAUGUUGUUCCACCUGAACGAAGAUGAUGUCGACUUGUUCGCAGAAGAUAUAAGACAAAAUAAUGACAAUAUCCUGACCUUUUACAAUUCAACAAGGGAAUCGAUGGUCACUGACAACAUUAGCUCGCCUGGAGGAACAGUGGCAGUACCUUCUCCCAGUCAGGUAAGCAAUAGUUGUAGCCAAGAGAUGGGGUUGGUACCGUACUUGCCGAAAAAUGCAAAUGAGAUAUUAACCGGGAAGGGUCAACUAUUUGAUAGCCCUGACCUAUUCAAGCAAUCAGUGCUACUAUUUGCUGCAUCGAACAAGUUUAGCUUCAAUUACUUGGAUAAUAGUAGAACGUACUACCGAUUGGUAUGUAAAGUAGUGGGGUGUCCUUGGAAGCUUACGGCAAAAUGUGAGGGUUCCACUGAUUUGGUUCGUGUCAUAAUGUUUAGGAAUGAACACCUACACAAUGCAGAAGAUGCUAGUAAUUAUAAGUUGAUCUUUCGCAGUCAACAAGUGGGCUUGCUUUUCAAAAACUGAAUUAUGGACAAGACUGGAU